GAGUAGUUAGACAUAGAGAAUCCUUUUAGACACGUACAGCGAGGCCCCAACAAUUCAUUGUGGCAUUUUGCACCGUCAACCCAAGCACACAAAGAGCUAAAGAACAGAGAGAAGCCACUGCGCUCUCUCUCUCUCUCUCUCUCACUCACACACAAACACACACAAAUCAGUAGUUCAAUCUCUCCUCUCAGCUUUACAUCUCUGUAUUUACAAGCUGUUUGCACAACCCAAGGCGAGAAGAGCCGAAGGAAUGUCGGCCCAGCAGAUCGCGCCGGUGCCGGAGCAUGUGUGCUACGUGCACUGCAACUUCUGCAAUACAAUUCUCGCGCUCCAGAGAAGAGGCAACGUGUUCCUUCAGCAUAUAACAGAUUUAUUAAAGAUACGAAGGAUUAAAGCAAGCAACCCAGACAUAAGCCACAGGGAAGCCUUCAGCACUGCAGCAAAAAAUUGGGCACAUUUUCCAAACAUUCAUUUUGGACUAGGGCCCUAUGAAAGUAGCAACAAGCUUGAUGAGGCCAUUGGUGCAACGGGCCAUCCCCAGAAAGUCCAAGAUCUCUACUAAGACCUAUAUCCACAUCGUCCUUUGUUUUCCUAUUGUAAGUAAUUUGAGAUAAAAUGUAUCUUAGUUGUGUACUAGUUUGUGAGUGGCGUACAUAUAUAUAGAUGAGUGAUAUGAUCAUGAUGUAAGGAAAUAAGACGUAUAUAUAUGUACGAGAAGAACAUAUAUUCCUAGUAUCACGAAAGACUAAAUAAGCAUCAUCGCGCCAUGUUAUUAUAUGUAACUAUUUGUUUGAAAUAAAUUAUCCUUUGUGUGA